GCCUCUUUCCUGCGUGUCAGCGUCGAGCGUCGGUAGCCGCUGCUGCUGCCUGUCAACAGAGAGACACACCUGUGUCCAGGUUUCUGUUUUUAACCGUGUAUUUGUGACAGUAGGCCACUAACCGUCACCCGCCAUGUACCAGGUAAAGCCCGUCAGUGGAAGUCACGUAAAGGUAGAUUUACCAACGUGCAUGUACAAGUUACCAAAUAUCCACGCGCAGCAUGGGAACAGCUGCACAUCUGAGCACGCGCUUCAGAAUGGCGAGGUGGACCCAGCAGUCAGAGCUCUGGAGGCCCGGCAGGAUGAGAUCUUGAGAAAACUGUACGAGCUGAAAGCUGCUGUGGACGGCCUGGCCAAGACGGUGACCACCCCCGAUGCCGACCUGGACCUAACUGUCAGCAGCUGCCUCUCCUCCCAUAGUCCCAUCCCUUCAACCUUUAAAGGCGUCACAGAUCUGGACACAGUUCUGGGCAAGGACCUCGGUGCUCUGCGGGACAUCGUCAUCAACGCCAACCCUGCACAGCCCCCCCUGACUCUGCUGGUGCUCCACAGCCUGCUGUGUCAACGCUACCGGGUGCUCUCCACCGUCCACGUCCACUCCUCGGUCAGCAACGUGCCACAACAGCUCCUGUCCUGCCUCGGACCCAGCCACGCAGACAGCUACUCCCGCAACUUGUUUCAGCUGGGCUUCACUCUCAUAUGGAAAGACGUCCCCAAACUGCAGAUGAAGUUCAGUGUGCAGAACAUGUGUCCCAUCGAGGGUGAGGCCAACGUUGCACGUUUCCUCUUCAAGCUGAUGGCGCCGUACCCCAGUGACCCGGCUCAGGCCACACUGGUUGAUAACUGGGUGGACAUAGCCUUCUUCCAGCUGGCGGAGGGCAGCUCCAAGGAGCGGGCCGCCGUCCUCCGGGCCCUCAACUCCGCUCUGGGCCGCAACCCGUGGCUCACCGGGUCUGAGCUCUCCCUCGCGGACGUCGCCUGCUACUGCUGCGUGCUACAGAGUGGCUCCGUCUCCUCCACUCCAGCGAAUGUCCAGCGCUGGAUCAAGUCCUGUGAGAACCUGGGACACUUCAGUCCUGCCAAACUGCUCGUGAAGUGACCCCCGGGCUGAACCAGGACCAAGCAAAGUGAGAGAAGGGCAUUAGAAUUUUAAAAUACACGGGCCAUGUCUGAAACAGUUUCUAAUGCUUCCCUCCUUAUCGUCGUUUGUAACCAAACUGACAGAGACGAGGGCAGGAGCAGGAAAGUUGACAGUUAAAGUUUCUUCUCUCUGCCAUGCUGCUUUUAUAAAACAAAGAGAUGCUAAUAAUAUGUUUAUUUUGAAAGGGAGGAAGCAUGAGAGGACUGUAAAGACAAGGGGCUGGGUGACGGAUUCAAUCAAAAGUACUGACAGAAGCUAUCUAACACACACACUGUACACCUUCCACCCACUUUGUGCCUAACAUGAUCCUGUUCUAAAUGUGUGUGUGAGUAAUGUGUGGUAAAGGGUAUUACCGGGUGUUUUCAGGAGUAAUACUUUGUACCAUUUCUUUUCUGAACUCAUUAAAACUCAAACUUUGGAUCAAA